CAAAAAUGAACGAAAAAUACCAGCGACCUAAAACACAAGAGGGUUUAUUAUUAGAACACAAUGACCUACAUGAAGCCAAUCACUGGCCGCGAAAAACAGCUCCAUCCCAUGAUACACCACUCAGGGAAACCUAACCGGAAACGAGGCUGUAACAGAAGGAUUCCCCUUCCCAAAUCGUGGAAGUACACACUCCGGGCGCCGGAGGGAUGGACAACCCUUCCUUUGUGCCUAACCCGCUUACUUCCCCUGCUCUUAUGGUCCUAGCUUCCACCGCUGAGGGACACGAAGCACCCCGACUGCCAGCGCCACCUCAUCCGUUCCCCGGACAGCAAGGAAUGGACAAGGAUCUGCCUCCUCCUCCUCCCUUCAGCUCCGCAGGCUUCACGAUGUACCGGCCCGGAGACCCCUUCUCCUCGCCCCUCUACUCCCCUCUGUCCUUUGUGAGACCAGGUCUUGACCGCCGUCUGGCCUUGAUGAGUCCGGGGGUCCGGCCUGGGGCCUUCCGCCCUCUGGGGCCUGGCGUGGACGGGGGUGAGGGGUCCUACCAUUCCGCGUUCUCGCCGGCGAAGAAGAUCAAGUCUGAUGAGACGUCUGGUGCUUCUUCCUCCUCGGAGACCCAAGGAGCUCCGUCGUCUGAUGGCAUCUAUCGCGAGGAGUGUGACAAGUCGGAGGAGAGGGAGUCAUCGCCAGGCAUCAAGGAAGAGCGACCUUCCAGCAUCAGCUCGGCCGGUUACGACACCAUCUCAGAGCCGCUGUCGGACAGCGGGGAUGCGUAUGAGAGAGGAACGCCAGACUCCGAGGGCAGAUCUUUGAGAAAGCAGCGCAAACGUGCGCCCCAUGACGGCCUCACCCCGUGCUGUCCUGUGUGUGGACUGACCCUUAGAGCCGGGGAGUUGGAGCAACACUUUAUGUUGGAGAUUGAGAAACUGGACAAAAUAGCACG